AUCGGGACCACUCGGCUGCCCUCGGCUAGUCCUUCGCGCCAAAUUUUGAAGAUGGCGGACGACGACCAACAACCGGUGUCAGAGUCUCUUGCAGCGACCAGGUCCCGUCGUACACGGAAGGACAAAACUGGACGGCUGGCUGCACUGGAGAAACUCAAGAAAGCAAAGAAGGGAGAAAAACUCAAAUAUGAGGUGGAUGAACUUGAGAAUGUUUAUGAGGAGGUGAAUGAAGAUGAGUAUUCAGAUGUGGUCAGGACCAGACAGGAAGAUGACUGGAUCAUAGAUGAUGAUGGCAGUGGGUAUGUGGAGGAUGGAAGGGAGAUCUUUGAUGACGACAUCGCUGGGGGAAGUGACGCACCAGCAGCCAGGGACAAGAAGAAAACAGGCCCAGGACAAAAGAAAUCUGCCAAACCUAUGGUGAAGAAGCCAGUCAUCAAGCCCAACAACAGUAUCAUGUCCAUGUUCCAGUCAAGUGCUGCCAAGAAAACCAAGAGUGAGAAGGAUGUAAAACUGGAUGAGGAUGAGCUGUUAGGAGAUAUCUUACAGGAGAUGCACGCUGAGACAAGAUCAGGAGGACCAGCACCAAAGAGAAUGAAGCCAGCUUCACUGAGGCCUACAGGCAGUGCCCCAGUCAACCCUUUUGCUGCAAAGACAACACCCAAGAGACCACAGGCAACUAGAGCUCGAGUCCCCACCACGAACCUCAGCUACACACUGUCCUCACCGAACACCUCCAAGCCUCGCCCCAAGCCUCCAGCCAAGGACCUCCAGACCACGCCUCCCUCCCGCUCUGCACGACCUCCCGCGACCUUCAGGCCUCCCUCAGCCGCAGUGAAGAAGAAGAUGGAGGUUAAGGUGAAGGAGGAGCCACAAGAGGAGGAGGAGGAGGAGAUGGAUGUAGAAGAACCUCAGGAUGAAGGAGGAAAUGAUAUCCCAGACAAUGCUGAUGUGGACCUUGGAGACAUUGAUUUCAACGAUGAUGACUUUGAUGGACAGAUGUCAGAGGAAGUAGCCGAGGUCAAACAGGAAGCUCAAGAUCAGGUCAAGGUCAAAUCUGAACCAAAGGAGCUUCCCAAGGUCAAACAGGAGAAGAAACCCUUUGAGGACCAGGUGAUCUCAGGUAGCGGUUGGGAGACCAUUAAGGGUGAGGUGGGGUCGACUGAGGCCUUGGUGACAGACGUCAAAGUUGACUCCUCCUCCCUCCCCUUGGUGACCAAUCAGGAUGGAGAUAGCGUGCUGAGGUUCUACUGGAUUGAUGCCUACGAGGAUCAGUACAGGCAGCCUGGUGUUGUGUACAUGUUUGGGAAGGUGUGGAUAGAGUCAGCACGCGCUCAUGUCAGCUGUUGUGUCGUGGUCAAGAACAUAGAGAGGUCCAUCUUUCUCCUACCACGAGAGACGAGGCUGUUCAAGACUGGAGAUGACAGCGGGGUACCUGUGGGCAUCAUGGACGUUUACCAAGAGUUUGAUGAGAAAAUAUCCUCCAAACACAAGAUUAUGAAGUUCAACUCCAGGAAAGUGACAAAGCAGUAUGCGUUUGAAAAGCUGGACGUUCCUGUUGAGUCAGACUAUCUGGAAGUCCGUUAUUCUAGUGACCUACCUGCUCUACCAGCAGACCUGAAGGGGGAAACAUUCAGCCAUGUGUUUGGUACUAACACUUCAAGCACUGAACUGUUUUUGCUGGAGAGGAGAAUCAAGGGCCCGUGUUGGCUGGAUAUUAAACUACCUCAAAAGCCGAACCAGCCCAUCUCGUGGUGUAAAGUGGAGGCUUUUGUGACCAAGACGGCACAUGUGUCAGUUACAACAGAAAGCAAGACUCCUCCUCCACCAAUGGUUGUGAUGAGCCUCAGCCUGCAGACCUUACUGAACCCCAAGACACACCAGAACGAGGUGGUUGCCGUAGCAGCGCUCGUCCACACCCGUUUCCAUAUCGACAAGGCCCCUCCCAAACCACCCUUCCAGGACAACUUCUGUGCUAUCAGCAAACCCAAUGACUGUGUCUUCCCAUAUGACUUUAAAGAUGCCAUCAGAAAGAAUGGUGCCCGUGUGGAGGUGAUGCCAACUGAACGAGCUUUGCUGGGAUAUUUCCUGGCUAAAGUACACAAGCUGGACCCAGACAUCAUCAUAGGUCAUGAUAUUUAUGGUUUUGACCUGGACGUGUUGCUUCACCGGAUCAACUCCUGUAAGAUCCCCCACUGGUCCAGGAUAGGCAGGCUCAAGAGACAGGUCUUCCCAAAACUCUCCUCUGGUGGUGGGAGGAGCAGUUUUGUGGAGAAGAGCGCGGCGUGCGGUCGGCUGAUCUGUGACGUGAAGAUCUCGUCCAAGGAGCUGAUCCGGCUGAAGAGUUACGACCUGACGGAGCUGACCAAACAGAUCCUGAGGCAGGACAGACAAGUGGUCCCGCAGGAGGAGGUCAAGAACAUGUUCAGUACGUCUCAGAAGCUGCUGUACCUGAUAGAGACGACGUGGGUGGACGCCAGCCUGACACUGAACAUCAUGUGUGAGCUGAACGUGCUUCCCCUCGCACUACAGAUCACCAACAUCUGCGGAAACCUCCUGGGCCGUACGUUGAUGGGAGGGCGCUCGGAGAGAAAUGAGUACCUCCUGCUACAUGCCUUCCAGGAGAAAGGCUUCAUCGUACCGGACAAGUCUUACGGGAAGAAGCAAGCUGCUGCACAUCCGGUGGAUGUGGAUGCAGAUGAUGAUGACCAGGCAAAACCAGCCAGCAAGAAGGGCAGGAGGAAGCCUGCAUACGCUGGCGGGCUGGUUCUGGAGCCAAAGAAAGGUUUCUAUGACAAGUACAUCCUACUGCUGGACUUCAACAGCCUGUACCCCUCCAUAAUACAGGAGUACAACAUCUGCUUCACCACCAUCAAUAGGGAGGUGCCCCAGUCACAGGCAGGAGACACUGAGGAGGAACAGCUCCCUGCCCUUCCCGACGCUGACCUUGAACCCGGCGUGCUGCCGACAGAGAUCCGCAAACUGGUGGAGCGGAGACGGCAGGUCAAACAGCUGAUGAAACAACCCGACCUGAACCCUGACCUCAAGCUACAGUACAACAUCCGUCAGCAGGCCCUGAAGCUGACAGCUAACAGCAUGUACGGCUGUCUGGGCUUCACAUACUCCAGGUUCUACGCCAAGCCACUGGCUGCACUGGUCACAAGCAAGGGCAGGGAGAUCUUAAUGAAGACUAAAGACCUUGUGCAAAAGAUGAACCUGGAUGUGAUUUAUGGUGACACAGACUCCAUCAUGAUCAACACCAACAGUACAAACUGGGACGACGUCUUCAAACUGGGCACCAAGGUUAAGAGUGAGGUUAACAAGCUGUACCGACUGCUGGAGCUGGACAUUGACGGGGUCUUCAAGUCCAUGCUGCUGCUCAAGAAGAAGAAAUACGCUGCACUGACCAUCAGCAAGAACCCUGAUGGUUCCUUCAGCACAGGGCAGGAGUUGAAAGGAUUGGACAUUGUUAGGAGGGACUGGUGUAACCUGGCCAAGGAGGCAGGGAACUUUGUCAUAGGUCAGAUCUUGUCUGACCAACCACGAGACAAAAUUGUGGAGAACAUCCACGAAAAACUGACAGAAGUUGGAGAGAAAGUGAAAAAUGGAGACAUUCCUGUGCAAAUGUACGAAAUCAACAAGGCACUGACAAAGAAUCCCCAGGACUACCCUGAUAAGAAGACCCUGCCCCAUGUGCAGGUGGCCAUGUGGAUGAACUCCCACAGCGAGGGGAAGAAAGUUGGGCAGGGGGACACCAUCUCUUACAUUAUCUGUGAGGAUGGUUCCAGACUGCCUGCCACUCAACGGGCUUACGCAGCAGACAGACUGGCCAAAGAGGAGAACUUAAAGAUAGACACGCAGUACUACCUGUCGCAGCAGGUUCACCCUGUUGUGUCCCGUCUGUGUGACCCCAUCGAUGGCACAGACGCAGGCAUCAUAGCGGAGUGUCUAGGUCUGGACCCGUCUGGUUACAGACAGGCUCAGCGUUACCACGAUGAGGAGAGUGAAGCCCUGCUGGGGGGAAACGCAGCCAUGACGGACGAAGAGAAGUUCAAAGAUGUCGAAAGGUUCAAGUUCAACUGCCCCAAACCAGAAUGUGGCAAGGAGAACAUCUGGGAUGGAGUCUUUGUGGCAAAUAGCCCAGUGCCAGAGUUCACCCUGUCCCAGUGUGCUAACAGCCAGUGUGACCUGGCCCCAACACAGUACCUCACCAUGCUGAAGAACAAACUCACCAUGGCCUCCAGGAGACACAUCAAGAUGUACUACGAGGGUUGGAUGAAGUGCGACGACCCGUCCUGUGCUUCCCGUACCCGGAGAGUUCCCAUGUACUGUCAGCGUAACGGAGCCGUCUGUCCAACCUGCAACAAGGGCAUCCUUCAACAGGAGUACACAGACUCCCAGUUAUACACACAGCUGUUGUUCUAUCAACACAUUUUUGACUUGGACAAGGCCAUCGACAAGCUUCCAGAAAAGGAGAGAGCGGGACCCCGAAACAUGAAGAAGGCGUACCUCUCAGACUACCACGCCCUUAAGACGGUUGCUGACAGGAGACUUAAGGACAACGGCUACUCACAAGUGAACCUGACCAAGCUGUUCGCAGGGAUGAAUAUGUUCAAGUAGGGGAAGGAUCUGCUAUGAGCCAGAUGGAAAUCAAGUUUGACUUACACAGAAGACGAUUUUUAGAGACUAUCAUAAUAAAAAAGAAAAAUCACAGCACUGAUUAUUGCUAACAUAGAAUGAAUGGAUGUGAAAUGUACAUGUAUGAUAUCAAAAUUGGGUCAAUACUGCUAAAUAGAUAACUCUAUGUAUUACAUGUGUGAGAGAUCUUUAAAACUGGGUUUUUUGUUGUUCAUUGUCCUCAGUAAGACUUAUUCUUUAUACAUAUUAUACAUUCCUCUACAGACCUGAAUUUUCCAUUGAUGUGCAUAACACCUAAAAUUGCAAAAAUGUGGACCAAUAGUCUAAUUACAGGUUUUAUAUAACUUCCUUCCUUCCCUGUCAAUAUUUUAGGUCCACCAAUGUGUUAGGUAAGCUACUUAUUAAAAGGACUUUGUUUAGAAUCCCAAGAAACAGAAAUUUCUUUUUCAAAAUUUAUGGAUUGAUAUGAAAAAUAAAGUUUGACUACUAACCAUG